UGCAAAAUAACUGGCUAUUUUAUUGUCACCUAGCUAACGACUGUAGUUAGCAGGUGCGUCGCAUUAUAAAUAGUUUGCAUAGCUAACAGCUGUAGUGCAUCAACAAUCAAGUCGUUUUUAUUCAUGUACAUUUAUGCCACGUUCACAAGCUAGUCGGAACUAUGAAACUCGGAAAUUUCCAACUUGCUAAUUAGUGAACGUGGCAUAUUUAUUGGCACGCUUUCUUUAAACAUUAACACGCAUCGCUUAUUGUACGUUUUUGGUAACAUACGGAACGUGUCUUUCAUUUCAGCGAGAAAUCAUUUUCAAAAAACAAAAGGUGACAUUUACUACACCUUUUUAUAGGGUUAGUGUUCACACAUGGCCAUAUCUCCAUGUUACAUCGCUUGUUUACAGAAAAAAAUAGGCAGCCAACCUGUGCUAAUUAGUUAUCAGACGUGCUCCGAACCCCUGUGUAUAAGCAUAACUGGUGAGUGUAGUUCGUCAGCUGGAGGCACACAGUAUGUGGAUCUGUACAAAACUGCUAAGCUUUCAGCCAGCUGUAGACGUGGAAAGAUGCGGGGCAUAGACAUCCUGGAGAACUUUGAGAUCUACAUCCCCAAAGAGGCAGAGGUGAAAAUCACCUCUAUUCUGACUCUGCCAACCUCCAUCUUGAGAAGGAUGGGAGUGCCCCACUCUCAGGGUGGCAGUGCAAAGAGAAUUUCCUCGCCUUUGGCCACGUGGAUCUCGCCAGUGGUCAUCCGAGAGAGAGGCUGUUCACCGGCCAGCCCCACAGUGGAUACAGCCAAGAUUAACCUGACCUCAAUGGUGACCAAGGAACCCAAGGCAGCCCAGGGUCCCUUCUUGAUCCCAUUCGUCUCCUCCAGCGGCACUGCCUUCAAUGUCCUCAGGGAGUUCUUGCCCUCCAGACAGAACUUCCAGCAAGGUACUGCCACCCAGAUUGACCCCCUCCCUCAUGGCCUGCCCCCUGUCCCCCACCAGGAUGCCAUCAUCAUCCACAAGGGGAGGAUCUUCCUGUCAAUCAAGAAAGCAAAGACUAUCAGAGGAAAGAGGCAGCACAGCCCUGACCUGAAUAACUUGUCUUCUGAGGCCCCUCAGACCACACAGCGAAAACUGAUCUUCCUCUCACCUGCCAGGAAGAGCCAGAAGAAGUCCUGCCCCGCAUCUCCAAAGCCGUCUCCUAAAAAGCCCCAGGGGAAGUGGGCAUUGCUGCAGAGGUUCGGCCUGACCCACCAAGUCCAGGUGAAGUUGUCCAGAAUCCCCCAGGGGGACAUUGAGCCACAGGAGACUGCCGAACAGGGUCACUCAGCGGAAGAGGAUCAUAACACAGAGCAAGAUCAAGUCAUACGGAAGUUAUUGAACGCCAACGGGUUAAAGGAGACACCUGGCAGAUGUCCUGAACAGGAGAUGGAGUUGGUGACUCAAGAGGAAAACAAGCCUUUGAAUGAGGAGACCCAAGAAUCAUUAUCAAAGACAGCAAAUCGGCACCCUUGCUCAAGCGAAGGCUUUCAGGGCAGAGGUGGGAUUACCAGUGAGACAGAUGAUGAUGCUGAGGAGGAGCCUGAGGAAGAGGGAUGUCACAAUUUGGGUAGUGUCAAACAACGACGAGUUGAGGACAAAGGUAAGAGUGGGGCAGAGGGCCAAGCCACCAAUGGGGAUGAGUCUGAGGUGGAAGAUCUCUCUGUUACGGCUGUUGCUUUGAGUGACAGCUUACCUCCACCAGAGGCCCUGAAUGCAGACCAAAGCAGUGAUACGGUUAUGCAAGGUGACUUCACGGGGGACAGUGUUCAGAGUUGGACGGCGGAGUGCCCAAUCAUACCCGCUCUAGCCCCCGCCCCCAAACAGCACCAUGGUUUUGACUUUGAGCAUUCGGCCCGUGAGGAGAGGAUCAACCGUAUCAGGGCCAAACUGAGAGAGAGCGAGGCUGCCCUCAACAACCUGCGCUCUCCAAGUUGACUGUCUUCAAAGUGGGAAACAAUUAUUUCUAAGGGCCCUCAGAUGUUGAAUGCCAUGAACGAUUAUUCCACACACUUUCAUUUUUUAAGAGCUGCUAGAACAUCCAUUCUGUAACUAUUAUUUUAAAUGUUGGAACCCAUAAACUUCUCCACUCCUUAUCUUCCAAGACCUGUGAUCCAUCAUCUUUGAUGGGCAAAAAUAUUUUACGUUAUAAUUUAGAUUUGAGUUAUUUCUAUAAUUUUAUUAGAAAAUUCAAAAGGACUUUUUACUUUUCGUUUGAUUAUAUCUGAUGUGAAAGCAGCGUUUGUUUGAUCAAACUUGCCCAGCUAUCGAAUUUGAAGAUUAGUUAUUAGAGUUGCAGUUAUUCUUUUAGGGCCGGAUUCAGACUUUUUUUACACUUUUUGAUUUACGCAGUUCUCAGUUGUUGGUAUUCAGAAUUGAUGGGCUUUACAGAUGUGGCUCCCUUGCACUCACUAAAUUUAUAUAAUUAAAAUACUGAAACCCCUCCCACUUGCUGGGCAACAGAUUUUCUUGUUGAGGAUUCAUUUAAAUACGGUAUACCUUUUUAAAGCUACAAUAUGUACAUUUUGUGGCGACCAGACCAAAUUCUCAUAGAAAUUUGUUUUAUAGAUCUGUCAUUCUCAUUGAAAGUAAGUCUAAGAAGCAGUCUGUGCGCCAUUUCUAUGCUUCCCGUUCGUAUGUUUAGAAUUUGCGUCUUUCGGUUUUGUACACCAGAUUCAAACCGCUGACAGCUGGUUUAGAUGGUACAAUGGUUUUCUAUACCAAACAUUGCUUGUUUUGUCACAAUCUGAAAUAAAGCAAACUUUAAAUUUUAGCAACCAUAAAAUGGCAGAGCGGUUUCUGAAUAUUGCACCUUUAAUUAACAUUUUCUCGACAUACUCAUUAGAAUAUAUUGAGAGAACGAGAUCAGAAUAGGGAUCAAUGAAAGACAUACUGCGUUGUUUUGGCUGUGUGCUUAGGGUUGUUGUGCUGUUGGAAGGGGAACCUUUGCCACAGUGUGAGGUCCUGAGCGCUCUUUAGCAGGUUUUCAUCAAGGAUCUUUCUGUACUUUGCUCUAUUCAUCUUUCACUCGAUCCUGACUAGUCUCCCAGUUCCUGCCACUGAAAAACAUCCCCACAGCUUGAUGCUGCCACCACCAUUCUGCACAGUAGGGAUGGUGCCAGGUUUCCUCCAGACGUGACGCUUGGCAUUCAGACUAAAUAGUUCAAGCUUGGUUUCAUCAGACCAGAGAAUCUUGUUUCUCAUGGUUUGAGUCUUCAGGUGCUUUUUUGGCAAACUCCAAGUGGGCUGUCAUGUGCUUUUUUACUGAGGAGUGGCUUCCGUCUGGCCACUCUACCAUAAAGGCCUGAUUGGUGGAGUGCUGCAUAGAUGGGAAGAGCCUUUCAGAAGGACAGACAUCUCCACAGAGCAACUCUGGAGCUCUGUCAGUGACCAUUGGAUUCUUGGUCACCAACCGGAGCAAGGCCCUUCUCUCCCGAUUGCACAGUUUGGCCAGGCAACCAACUCUACGAAGAGUCUUGGUGGUUCCAAACUUCUUCCAUUUAAGAAUGAUGGAGGUCCCUUUCAAUGUUGCAGACGUGUUUUGAUAGCCUUGCCCAGAUCUAUGCCUUGACAUGAUCCUGUCUCGGAGCUCUACGGACAAUUCCUUUGACUUCAUGGCUUGGUUUUUGCUCUGAAAUGCACUGUCAACGGUGGGACCUUUUAUAUAGACAGGUGUGUACCUUUCCAAAUCCAACUUCAAUCAAGUUGUAGAAACAUCUCAAGGAUGAUCAAUGAGCACAAUUUAAAAUCCCAUAGCAGAGGGUCUUAAUAUAUUUGCAAAAAUGUUUAAACCUGUUUUCGCUUUGUCAUUAUUGGGUAUAGUGUGUAGAUGAGGAAAAUAAGGCUGUCACGUAACAAAGUGGAAAGUGAAGCGGUCUGAACUUUCCGAUGGCAAUGUAUGUAAGCCUAUUGCUAGUGACCCUCUGGAUUAACCACACUUUUGUGACAGAGGAAAGACGGGUAAACUAACCAUGUAAUGGUUAGGACUAACUAAAUUGAUAGUUAGUAUGUGGGUAUUACUGACGGUGGCUAAUAUUUAAUUCAAUAGAAAUUGUCAAAACAAACCUCUAAGUUGGGGCAUAUAAUUGAAACAUUCUAGAGUGCAUAAAUCAUCUCGAUAGGUUCGUAAUUACUGUCAGUGUGCACAGGUUACCAUAGGCUCCAGCCUCUGCUUGGAUCUCCAAAUUCAGCCCCACAAAUGAAGCCAUAGGCCUACAAUUAUAAUUUUGAAUAACAUCACUGCUGUUUAUAAUUCAUUGUGGAAAAACCUGACAAGUUGACAUGCUUUUCAGUUUGCUGAAAUAUGACUAGUUUCACAUUCUGUCGCGACAGGUUGCUCGAUCAUCACAGUUUCCUCAUAAGUAAAGGUGGUGGCAUUAUGAGGGAAUUCAGUCAAGUUCAGAAUACAGCGUACCUGUAAGACACACCACCACACCUUAAUUUCUUUGAUUGCCACAUUAAAUGCUUACUUUAGCUGGCACUGGCAUUUCCCCUAGCACAAGAUCAAGGUCAGAAUACGCAGAGAGAAGUGCCUAAAAACUGAAUAAAUUUCCAUUCACGCGUGUAACUCUGGUCUGAAUUCCCCCUUUAGAGACACAAUUAGUUACAUUUUUUUCCCCCUUCACAUUUUGAACAUUGUCACUUGUGUUAAGUACAAGUUGUAUCCUAUUCUCUCCCCAGUUGGAACAGUAUUUAUACUGCGGGUUGAAUAUUUUUUGUUUUCAAGAUGUUUGUUAGAUGAUACUGCACAAGUUAUUACUAGAUGCUGAAAAUGAGUCUCAAGUUGUUACAUUUAUAAGUGGAGGAAUCCUUCAGAAAGCACAACACUCAGGUCGCCACAUGUGGCAGCAAAGUCUUACUGUGAUAGACUAGCCCAUGGGAAGUUUGAGUUCUGCCAAUAACUUUGUUUUGUGUAGUCUCAUAACAUUGACCUUGUGCAAUAAAACAACCAAUGUUUGUA